AUGGACAAACUACAGACUUUCGUGAUCGAACCACUCCAACCCGUCCUCAAACCCAUCAGCAAUGCCUUGCCGGCCCCAGUUCACGAUGCGAUCAUCUCGCUCAUCGGCGGCCCCUGCCAUAGCGCUCUUCUCCUCGAUCUAGACGUCAACAAAGAUCCCAGAUGCACAUCGCUCGCCAUCUCUAAGGCUCUCGGCCUCGCCAUCGUCGGCGCCAGCGCAAUCGUAAAAGUGCCCCAGAUCCUCAAACUCGUCAACUCGCGCUCCUCGGCCGGUGUAUCCUUCAUGUCCUACGCCAUGGAAACGGCCAGUUUAUUGAUAACGCUCUCGUACAAUGUUCGCCAACAAUUUCCCUUUAGCACUUAUGGGGAGAGUGCUUUGAUUGCUGUGCAGGAUGUUGUUAUUGGUGUUCUUGUGUUGUCGUUUGCUGGGAAACCUGCUGGUGCUGCUGCGUUUGUUGCUGCGGUUGCGGUUAGUAUUUAUGCGCUUUUGUUUGACGCGAGUCUUGUUGAUGCGCAUACGCUUUCUCUUUUGCAAGCUGGUGCGGGUGUUUUGGGGGUUACAAGCAAACUUCCUCAGAUCUUUGCUAUUUACAAGGAGGGUAGCACUGGCCAGCUCAGUGCAUUUGCGGUCUUCAACUACCUCCUGGGUACUCUAUCUCGCAUCUUCACUACCCUUCAGGAGGUUGACGACAACCUCAUCCUGUACAGCAUCGUGGCUGCUUUCGUCCUCAACGCCGUCCUUGCGCUCCAGAUGGUAUAUUACUGGAACAGCCCGGCGAAGAAGACGGCCGUUCCAGCAAAGGAGAACAAAAAGGCCAUUGCAAAUUCUCCGGCGGCUGGUCAAGCCUCUGGUGUUUCGCCCAAACCGGCAGGAAAGACUCCUACCACUCGCCGCCGAGGUUGACGAAUUUUCGUCUCACGUUGUUUCUAGCUCAUAAUGUGACGCUUUCUCUUAUUAGAUUUUAGUAACCUCGUAGGAUAAGUAGUGCAUCGUUCGUAUCCAGGACAAUCGAAUCUCGUAAAAGCGAUGUGUCUGCGUGAAGAAUCAUUGUUCUGUUUCAUGAGUGGUGAUUUCAAGCACCAGACUUUGGCCUCAUCCCAGUCAUCAUAUACCGGAAAACCUCAUCAAGCGGAAGAGCAGGUGAAGCCGAAGCACUGGGCACAUGAUCCCUUCCUCCCGCGAUAUCAAACUCAACACCACCAGCCCCUGGUCUCGUAUGCACACCCACAAUCUCCA